CAGGCUGGCGCAUUCACGUCGCGAACAUUUUGUGGAACGGAUUAGUGGCUAGCGUUCCGUGAAAACCAGGCUUCACAUUGGCAAAGAGUUGGCCAAGUUUAUGCAAUAGAUAUAAAGAACUUGUUUCUAUUUACAUAAGCGAACUGCAUCGACACGAGGGUCAGCGUACUUAGUUCGCUCCAGGUUUUAGUGGUCUUCACCGUUUGCUCGGUUCGAUCGAAAGUGUUAGUAUGUGUGACAGGAGACAUGUUUUGGUUUUCGUUCUGGUGUCGGCGGCGUCUUUCGUCAGCGACUGCACUGCGAAGUUUGCACCGGACUACAUACAUCCGUGCAAUAACACAGAGCCAGCAUGUCUAAUAAAAGCGACUCAGGAUGCAAUACCACAGUUCACCAAGGGUCUACCGGAUUUAGGAGUGCCGCCACUGGAUCCCUUCGUCAUUGAUGAGCUGCCCAUACAACUGCCCGGUAUCAAGGUCACGUUUUACAACGGAAAAGCUACUGGUCUGAGAAAAUGUCAAGUUUUGAAUGUCGAGGCAUACUUAGAGAAGAAUAUAUUCAAUUUGGACGUGCGAUGCAAUAUAACUAUCAAGGGCAAAUACACAGCAGUAGGGAGGCUACUGCUUUUCCCGAUCAACGGUGAAGGUGACUCUAAAAUCAAAAUAGUCAACUCAAUCAUCAAACUGAACAUCAACACGAGGUACUUCAAGGACGCUGACGGUCGUGAUCACUUCGGGAUCAAGAACUAUAAGUACACGUUCGAUUACGGCGAGAGAAUCAUUUAUACGAUCAACAACCUCUUCAAAGGCAACCCUGAAUUAAGUAACACAGUAUUACAGUUCCUGAAUGAAAAUUGGCGGAUAGUCACAGAAGAAUUUGGGCAACCCGUGGUCGACUAUGCUUUGAAUGUUACCGUCACUACAGCCAAAAAAUUCUUCGACGCCGUACCUUAUGACGAAUUGCUAUAUGUGCCUAUACCUAAAUAUUAAAACGAGCUUAAAUUAUUAGACUUAUUACUCUACAAAAUCUUUAAAGAUAUUGUAUGUUUUUCUUAGUGAAAUUUGAGAAAAUGGAAACUUGCUUUCGAUUAUGCGAAACGUAUUUACUUAUAAGUAAGGAGCCUGAAUUGCUUAGGUAUUUGUUAUUUAUAUGUCCGUAUUCUAAGGGGUCAAGGUACUCAGAUUAACGAACCAUUUUUUCUUGAAUCAAAAUGUAAUUGAUAUAUACUCGCUAUCUACGUGACAAAAAAUUUAGCUUUGAAAUAACUUAUUAUUAGCAGCAAUUUAUUCAAUUAACUAAAUCACGGGUUACUCACGUGAAGAUACUGAGAAAAUCUCUACUAGUUUCAACUUAAUCUUGCAAUUUAUAAAAUGUGCAUAAUACUAUCAAAAACUAACAAUCCAGUUUACUAUAAU